CGUAGCACAAGCGAAAGGAUUAUUUCGAUACGGUCAGUGAACGCAAUAGACGACUGCCAAAGGGCAAUAGGCUCAACGCACUGUCAUUGGCGUAAAUAUCGAAAUCUACGACAAUUCAACCUUCAAGUUUGCCACCUCUCAUUGACGAGCGCAUCGAACCGCUAAGCCGUCACUGGCCCACUAAUCUUAUCCCAUCUUAUCUCAAUCGCUGGCUACCGUAUCGACUUGAACGGUGUGCCGUAUAGCUGCUACUCAUGAUUGCCCAUUGUGCACGAUAGCCUAACGGGCUGAGCUGUUAAAACCCAAUCGACAGCCCGCUGAUUGCUUCAUAAAUCAGUAAGAUUCCGAUACCGAAAGGUGAACUGAUUGUCGGUUAACCUAGGUAGCGAUCGGCACUUUGUCUGGUGAAGUUAGUGAACCAAGAAGUGAGCAGAGAUGAGAUAUAGCGCGAUCGCCGUCUGUCUCGUGGCCCUCGGAGCCGUGUUGCUGCCCAUCAAUGGCCUACCGACCGGAUACGAAGCCACGAACACACCGGAUAACGUUUACCGGUUGGCCCAUCUCGGUUCGGACGAGCUUGCCGAAGAGCUGAGCGGCCAGUUCGAGGGGGAUAUGGUGUUGGAUGAUGAGCAGUUUGACUUUAUACGCGGCAAGCGCAACGGUUUGAUCGACCAAGGCCGCCGUUGGCCAAACCGUAUCGUGAGCUACUACAUCAACGAGGAGGACUUUACUCCGGAACAGGUGCAGCAUAUCGAGCUCGGAGUAAGGCUGCUCGAGAGCCAAUCGUGUCUUCAGUUCCGCCGCGUUACACCCGAUGCGACCGCCUACAUCAAUGUGCGUGGUACCGGUUCUGGGUGCUCCUCCUCGGUCGGCUAUACCGGUCGGGCGCAGAACCUUAACCUGCAACCGUACCCCGUGGGACAGGGUUGCUUCCGCAUCGGGACGGUUGUGCACGAGUUUCUGCACGCGCUUGGCUUCUACCACCAACAGAGUGCUAGCGAUCGUGACGAUUUUGUCGAAAUCGUCUACGAAAACAUCGAGGCGGGCACGGAGAACAAUUUCAAUAUUUACCCCAGCACGACGGUCACCGACUUCAACGUACGUUAUGACUACGGCAGCGUAAUGCACUACAGCGCGACGGCAUUUAGCAAGAAUGGCCUGCGCACGAUCAUACCGAAGGAUCCGAAUGCCUCGAUUGGACAGCGGAUCAGUAUGAGCGAGCGGGACAUCUCCAAGCUCAAUCACAUGUACGGUUGCCUGAAGAAAGUAUAAAUAAUAUGGUUGCGUAUUAUGUGAUCUACUAUAUGCGGAUUUCUGGAACUGAUCGACAAGAGAAAUACAUUAUAUAGCUCGAGCAUAUGGCAUGAAACAUUUAAUGGAAUGCCUAAGCGAACGUGGUAAACAGUUCUUUGGGCAGGCGUCUGUACAAUCAUCCCACAGCACUCUACGAUCCACCUCACAGUAUGACGUGGCAGAUGGAGACGCAUGGUUCUCAGUAACAACCACAAACUAACAAAUGGCGCGCUGAGAGCUGCGUAAUGUCGUCUUUUUAUCGUCAUAAAUAUUACACAGCUGUUCAAUAGUAGAUUGGAAAAGUAGUAGGAUCAGGUUUGCGAAACAAGGCCCCCAUUCAUUAUUCGUAAAGGUGCUGGUUCCAACGUUUUUUUGUCAAUAGAACGACCAUUGCCUACUACCACACUUUGCGGCUAAAACUAACUACGGUGCUUUGCAGCUAACACGCGGCACUUUGGUCCAGACUUUACACAAGUGCGACGACUCCAUUCCCCAGAAAAACCUGUUGCUAAGCAACUACACAAAUUGGCGGACUUAGUUGAGAUGACAUUCAGCAUAGUCUCUACUAUGGAAAUAAUUAACGGCCUACAAUACGGCACUUUAUGUUUGCCCGUCCAUAGAGUCCGCCAGAUUCAUGGAAAGCCCCUCUUACAACAUCUCUUAGCU